CGGGCUCGGCGACGUGGCCCCUUUUUUCUGGGUCCUGCGACGCGCGAAAGGUCUCCAUGGGAAAGACCAGAGUCAUCUCGAAGGGCUACCGCCAUGGCACUCGUGACAAGUAUUCCAAGAAGUACCGCACCAAGGGCUUGCCCGGCCUUGCGCGAUACCUGGUGAACUUCAAGCGUGGCGACUUCGUGGACAUUGUGGCAGAUCCAUCCGUCCAGAAAGGCCUGCCAUAUUCCUUCUACCACGGCCGCACGGGCAUUGUCUUCAACGUGAACCGCAAUGCCUUGGGCGUUGAAGUCACCAAGAUCGUGGGAAACCGUCAGCUGCGAAAGCGCAUCCACGUGCGUAUCGAGCACGUGCGCAAGUCUCGGUGCAACGAGGCCUUUCGGCAGCGCGUGAAGGAGAAUGACUUGAAGAAGCAGCAGGCGAAGAAGGAGGGCAAGAGCAUUGUGUGCAAGCGCGAGCCCGUGGGGCCAAAGGAGAUGAAAACGGUGGAGGCGAACCCAGAGGAGGUCGAGGUCCUGGCACCGCUUCCCUUUGUGGAGAAUUACUUCUAAAGGAAGCGCUGAUGUGCGAUGGCU